AUGGCCGUUUCAACCACUUUCUCCGCUCCCAAAUUCGACUCUCUUUUCCUCAAAUCUUCUUCAAGGCCAUCACCGUCCACUCAAUCCCAUUUAUCACUUCUCGGAAAACCUAGAACCACCUUCAUUCAUAAAGGAAUUAUUCGUUGUGAUGCUCAAAAUUCUGUUCAAAAUAAUGGCAGUAGUAGCUCCCUCUCUCCUCUUGAGCUCCUCAAAACUUCUUCAGCUGAUAGAUAUACGAAGGAAAGGAGCAGCAUUGUUGUCAUAGGGCUCAGUGUGCAUACUGCUCCGGUGGAAAUGCGUGAAAAACUUGCCAUACCGGAAGCAGAAUGGCCUAGGGCUAUUGCAGAGCUGUGUAGUCUUAAUCAUAUUGAAGAAGCAGCUGUUCUGAGCACCUGUAACCGAAUGGAGAUAUAUGUUGUUGCUCUAUCCCAACAUCGUGGUGUCAAAGAGGUCAUGGAAUGGAUGUCGAAAACAAGUUCCGUUCCUGUUUCAGAGCUUUGUGAGCACCGGUUUUUACUUUACAACAGAGAUGCCACACAACAUAUUUUUCAAGUAUCAGCGGGUCUUGAGUCUCUUGUUUUGGGAGAAGGUCAAAUCCUUGCUCAGGUUAAGCAAGUUGUCAAAGUUGGACAAGGAGUUAAUGGAUUUGGAAGAAACAUUAGUGGUCUAUUCAAGCAUGCAAUAACUGUCGGAAAAAGGGUUAGAGCCGAGACUAAUAUUGCUGCUGGGGCAGUUUCUGUAAGCUCAGCUGCCGUUGAGUUGGCCUAUAUGAAGCUACCUGGAUCCUCUCAUGAUAAUGCGAGAAUGCUGGUUAUUGGUGCUGGGAAGAUGGGAAAGCUAGUGAUCAAACAUUUGGCUUCAAAAGGUUGCCCAAGUGUGGUGGUUGUCAAUAGAACUGAGGAAAGAGUUGCAGCAAUACGCGAAGAACUGAAGGAUAUUGAAAUAAUUUACAAACCUCUUUCAGAAAUGCUCUCCUGUGCCGGUGAAGCAGAUGUGGUAUUCACCAGUACAGCAUCAGAAACCCCAUUAUUUGUGAAAGACGACGUCAAGGACCUUCCUCCAGCAAGUCAAAAUGUUGGAGGCCAUCGCCUUUUCAUUGACAUUUCUGUUCCUCGGAAUGUUGGUUCGUGUGUCUCGGAGGUUGAAUCUGUGCGACUUUACAAUGUUGAUGACCUUAAAGAGGUUGUGGCUGCAAACAAAGAGGACCGACUAAGAAAAGCAAUGGAAGCACAGGUGAUCAUUAGUGAAGAGUUAAACCAAUUUGAAGCUUGGAGGGACUCGUUGGAAACUGUUCCUACCAUUAAAAAAUUGAGGGCCUAUGCUGAAAGGAUCAGGGUUGCAGAGCUUGAAAAAUGCUUGGGUAAGAUGGGCGAUGAUAUCACAAAGAAGACGCGGAAAGCUGUGGAUGAUCUCAGUCGGGGUAUUGUGAACAGGAUGCUUCAUGGUCCAAUGCAACAUUUAAGGUGUGAUGGGAGUGACGACCGGACUCUAACUGAGACCCUUGAGAACAUGCAUGCUUUGAACAGAAUGUUCAGCCUUGAGACUGAAAUAUCUGUUUUGGAGCAAAAGGUUCGAGCAAAGGUGGAACAAAACCAGAAAUGA